AUCCGCAUGUCGCUAAGUAUCUUUUGUCCGUCAAACAAGAUUGGAGCGCUCGUUAUGUUUGUACGGGUUCGGCUCAAUGAGGCUUUUCACGCAUGCGUCAUUCGGCGGAGGGCUGCAGCAUAUAAACCGCACGAGUUGCGCCGGACAGCUAGAAAGAGAGAGACACAACCUGACUCAUCGACCGAUCUUUUCUGUGCUUGUCAUGUUUCCUCAAGCCAACCAAAGCUACACUUACGAGGACUGCAAGGCCACUGCCGACUGGCUCCUGGCGCAGACCGACGUGCGGCCCACCGUCGGCAUCGUUUGCGGUUCGGGCCUGGGCGGGCUGGCGGCCAUGCUGAAAGACCAGGUAGCCUUCAACUACAAGGACAUUCCAAAUUUCCCGCAGAGCACAGUGCACGGUCACGCCGGUAGGCUGGUUUUCGGGACCUUAAAGGGGAGAUCGUGCGUGUGCAUGCAGGGUCGCUUCCACUUGUAUGAGGGCUACCCCAUCCAGAAGAUCACACUCCCCAUGCGCAUUUUCAAGCUGCUCGGCGUCGACACGGUGAUGCUGACCAACGCGGCGGGUGGUCUCAAUCAGGACUUCAAGGUGGGAGACAUCAUGAUCAUGAAAGACCACCUUAAUAUGCCGGGCUUCGCCGGAAACAACCCUCUCGCCGGACUCAACGACGACAGGUUCGGCGUGCGUUUCCCGUGCAUGUCCGACGCGUACGAUCGAGAACUUCAGCAACUGGCCAUGGACGUGGGGCAGGAGCUGGGCUUCGGGGACUUCCUACGGGAGGGCGUUUACUGCGUGCUGGGAGGGCCGUCCUUCGAGACCAUCGCCGAGUGCCGGAUGCUGCACAAACUCGGUGCCGACGCCGUAGGCAUGAGCACGGUCCACGAGGUGAUCGUUGCUCGCCACUGCGGCAUGCGCGUCUUCGCCCUGUCGCUGAUCACCAACCAGGCGGUAAUGGACUACGACAGCGAGGAGAAGGCCAACCACGAGGAGGUCCUCCAGACGGGCAAGCAGCGGGCGGAGCAACUGGAGAAGCUAAUUUACACCAUGGUGACCAGGAUGGAGCACAACAACGACGCCUGAUUCACCUUCCCUUCCCUUCCACCUCAUUUCAUUUGGAAGUUACUGUAACAAUUAAUCGCCAUGUACAAAUGUAAUUCAAGUUAACUUGGGUUUUCUAUUGUUAAUAAAAGUUAUUUAUUACUCUUGA